AUGUCCGAUAACAACCCUCACCACCCUGGCGUACGCAGCUUGCUAGCCAAAUUCGAAGGCCAGAGCCCCAUCGCCUCCCCACCAUCUCGCGGCCGAUCCCCAGCUGCUUCAGAUUCCUCCGGAACAGCUCGACAACUAUCGAAAGUCCGCGCCAGCUUCGUCACCGUUGAUGGUGUUAUCCAAUCGAAUCCUGCUUCGCCUUUGAGGAAAACAAGUGGGCGCAGUGACAGUCCUGGCAUAUUUGGACCGAAGAUCAAUUCAGUGGAGGCGGAGGCGGAGUCGGGCCGACAGACUAUGGUUUCUCCUACUCCGGCCAGUCCCCUAGAACACACUCAGAAUGCGACUCUAGCACAGAUAAUGGCGGAUAGCCGGCCAAAACAAGACACCAAAACAAAGGGCGAAUUGGAUCAAGCUUCCAAGGGAGAACCUGCGCCACAUACUGAAAGAGCACCGAAAACGCGAGACACUCCCCCGAAGAAGGCAGAGGCUGUCUCUGCUGGACCCAAGUCGGCAAACUCAGACAAUCUCUCACAGAAAUCGGAUCCAUCUGGAAAGAAGCCUUCUUCGGUUGGCUCUGCCCGUAAUGUAGCAAGCAAGCACAGUGCAGCUGCAGCGCCUUCAACUACCAAGUCCAUCCCCAGCAACACGAGCGCCAAACCAUCGGCUCGUGAAGUGGCCAAAGAGCGCUCCAACUCGUUGGCCCACAAGCCGAGCCGUGUCUCGCUGAACCCCAAGCCAAUGGCACGAUCAACCCGCGGUUCAACCCCCGCCCAAGAAACCGCAAAGCCACCAGUCGCAAGUGCGUCCACCAAAUCAGGAAUGAAAUCGCCAACCAGGCCUGCUCGUGUAUCUAAUUCGAUGGCUGCACCAACACAACCAUCUGCCGGGAAGGCGGGAACUGCAGGUGCUCCAAGCACUCGCACCACCACCACCACUACUUCAACCCUUCACCGAAAACCUUCAACCCUGAAGAGCGCAACUGGAGGUCAGCGUGAACCUACUCCUGCCAUGAAUAUUCGCAGGCAAGCAUCACGUCCUUCGCUGCCCGUUCAACCGCCCAAUGAUACCCAGCCUAAGCAAGUCAACGAGGGGUUUCUCGCAAGAAUGAUGCGACCUACGGCCAGCUCUGCUAGAAAAUCCCAGGCACAGGAGGAGGCCGACAUGAAGCCUGCAACAAAGACAGCCGCUGCCACCAAGGCCCCCAGACCCUCGGUUGGAAGAGUCGCAGACCGUAGCGCAUCGCAAGUGAAGCCUAAGAGCACCACUUUGCGACCCCACAGUGAGAAAUCUCAGGCUUUGAACAAGAAUCCCGUGCCACAGAAGGAGGGAUCUAAGCCUCCUCAAAAGGAGCAGGAGAACGAGAAGGAGAAUAUCGCCGAGCCUACGCCAGUCAGUCCAAAGGAAGCCGUCCCAAUGAAGCCCGCUCAGGCAGCCGUUGCGAAACCUGUUGAAGCUAUUGCAGAGCAUGUUGAAGAGCCUGCUGCCUCUACUAAUGUGGAAGUGCCUACCGCAGAGGCCGCCGCUGAGUCAAAUGAAAAGAGAGUGGAAGUUUCUGAGCCCUUCACCGAGGAGGCACCGGCUAAGGAUUCUGCGGACUCCGUCCCAUCCGAGGAAACUCCGGAGGUGCUUGCUAAGACAGACUUUCCUGCUGAAGCCCAUAUCGAGUCCAUUCCCGAGGAAGCUGAAGAAGAGAAGGCCGCGAAGACUGCUGCUACAGAUGAGCCGGAACACCCCAGCCCAGCCCAGCCUAAAGAAACCGCCGAAGAGCCAGUGAUGACUCUGGACUCCGCUUCUGACAAUGAAGCCGAAAUCUCCGAGAAGCAAGAGAUUGUCGUGCCUGAACUCGAUGUCGCUCAGACUUUGGAGUCAAAGGAUGUCCCGGUCGAGGUCUUUGAGAAGAAGGACGAGACAAUCCAUGAGCCUUUGGCGGCGCACAAUAAGAAGAACACGACAGAGGAUGGGAUUUUCGAGGAAAAGUCCAUUGAGGCCAAGUCCGAGGAGCCUAUCCCUGCUGUGCGUCCUGCCACUGAGGCCGAAUCCAGCAAUGUCGCCCUCGACAUUACCAAUCUGGCCUUGAACUGA